AUGCAUGGUGCUGGACCUCAUCAUCGCAAGCUGGAACCUCAACCACUCAUCAGCGGACAGACGAACUACUCCGGCGUGGUCGGCAACGGCGCGACGUUCUACUUCCUGGUGUUCGCGAUCCUGGCGGGCGUGGUGGGCGCGGCGUCGAACUCGAAGCUGGCGGGCGUCAACCACGUCCGCGCUUGGCGCCACGACAGCAUGGCCAUCACCGUGCUCGCCUUCGGCCUGGCCUGCAAGGAGAUCCACAUCGGCGGCCAUCGCUGGCCGAAUGGGUGUGUACAUGUGCGGUCAAAGCUUAUCCAAUUACUACUUUACCCUUGUCUCCAUUAA